GAGAGCAUUAACAAGCCUCGAACUUGGAAAGAAAGAAAAAGGGCCGAUCUUUACUAAGGACAACACCGUCGAUUCGCUUAGCUACGACCCUUCUCCAAGACAGAGAGAGCCAACAACAGAGGAAAAACCCCUAAGUUCGCUUCUUCCCCUUUCUUCUUGCUAUUUGAUCUCUGUUCCUUCGUCAGCCACCGCCUACAACUUCCCUUCCUUCUCGAGAAGGACAGCUCCCGAAUUCAGCCGACAUGGGUACGCCGGAGACAUCAAGGGAGCCCUGCCCAGAUCGCAUCCUCGACGACAUCGGCGGCGCAUUCGGCAUGGGCGCCGUCGGCGGCUCCGCCUUCCACUUCAUCAAGGGGGUUUACAAUUCCCCAGUCGGGACCCGCAUCACCGGCGGGACUCAGGCGGUCCGGAUGAACGCGCCUCGUGUCGGCGGCAGCUUCGCCGUCUGGGGCGGCCUGUUCUCGGCUUUCGAUUGCACGAUGGUAUACGUCCGCCAGAAGGAGGAUCCUUGGAACUCAAUAUUCGCAGGCGCCGCCACCGGCGGGUUCCUUGCUAUGCGCCAGGGGCUCGGAGCCUCGGCCCGCUCCGCCGCCUUCGGCGGGGUUCUGUUGGCUAUGAUCGAAGGUGCUGGGAUCAUGCUCAAUAAGGUUAUGAGUGCGCCGCAGAACAUGCCGGUGAUGAUCGAGGAGCCGGCCCCGGCUGGUGGGCCGGGUUUGCCUGCCGGGUUUCCGGGUAUGCCGCAGGAGCUACCGUCGCAGGGUCAGCAGCAGGAAUCGGGUUCGUGGCUUGGUGGGUGGUUUGGCGGAGGGAAAAAGAACGAAACUACUGGCUCGAGUAGCGGAAGCAAGGGAGAGAUUCUGGAGAGCUUUGACGCACCUCCAGUGCCAAGUUUUGAGUACAAGUGAAGAGAUUUGAGCUUGCGAAUUCUAUUAAUUUGUUGUCAGAACGUAUGGUUGGGAGUUCUAAAGCUCUAUAGUUUUGUUGAACCAGUGAUGCUUUCUCUUGUUUAUGCUCUCGAUUGAUCUCUAGUAUUAGUGUGUAAUAAUUCUACCUUCGAAAUUCUCUUGGGUCUGCCAUACCCUAACCUCAGAUUGAUGGGUUUACUCGGUGUCUGCUCCUUAGUUCUUGCUGAGUUAGGGAAGUGUACAUGUUGCAAGUGGUAGUUUGGAAUCAGCAUUCUGAAGCUGCAAAAAUUAUAUGGUUUUUUUGUCAUAUGGUGAUGUAAGUUUCUAACUCUAUACUUGCAGAGGCAUUUGCUUGCAGCUAGAGCUUCUGAAAGGUGGUGACUUUCAUGCUUGUUUGGGGCAAUUAGGCUGUUAAGCUCGAAACUUUGAGCUAUUUAUUAACAAUCUCCAUUGCCUUCUAAUGUUGUGGAACUAUAGAUGUUGUAUCGGUCUCUGUCUCAGUUAUAUUUGUAAUGUCCAUAAAAAAAAAAUGGAGCU